UUGACCAUGUACUGAUUUUUAAGCUGCCUUGUUAAAUGGGGCAGUGUAAUUUGUUCCUCAAAUUCUAAUACAUUAUUUAAAGGAAUGAAUCAGUACCUCAAGUACUAAAAUUCUCAAACUUGUGAAUACAUUUCAAAACUUUUUUCUUCUUCUUAUUAUUCAAGUCAAUUAAUUCAUGGCUAAUUUAUCUUCUAAAAAAGUCUUCCUUCUUCUUCUCUUAACAAUCUUCCACUCACACACUUUAGCUUUCAACUCUUCAAAUUUUUCCACAACAACAUUACAUGCAACAAAAAUCUCUUCAUUAAAAUCAAUCUGCAAAAAAACACCAUACCCUCAAGUUUGCUUCAAUUCAUCAAAGCUUUCUAUCUCAAUAAACAUAAAUCCAAACAUCAUUAACAUCCUUCUUCAGUCUCUCCAAGUAGCAAUAUCUGAAUCCACAAAGCUUUUUUAUGAACUCAACAAUGCAGGACCAAACAUCAUAGAGAGCAAAAGAGGAGCACUACAAGAUUGCAAUGAGCUUCAACAAUCAACAUUGACUUCUCUAAAAAGAUCAUUUUCUGGAAUCAGUUCUUCAGAUUCUGGGAAGUUAAUUGAUGCAAGAACAUACCUCAGUGCAGCACUUACCAACAAGAUCACAUGUUUAGAAAGCUUAGAUUCUGCUUCAGGUACAAUGAAACAAGUUCUAAUGGAUUCAGUGAUCAACACUUACAAACAUGUUAGUAAUUCUCUUUCAAUGCUUCCUCAGCCUGAAAAGAGAGCUUUGAAAGGGCAUAAGAACCGGCGUUUGAUUGAUGCUUUGACAUGGUUGUCAAGCAACAAUAGACGUCGGUUCUUGGAAAGCACUGAUGAUGAUGGUGUGAUUGUUGUGGCUGCAGAUGGAACUGGGAAGUUUAGCACCAUCAAUGAAGCUAUUAACUUUGCUCCAAAUAACAGCUAUGGUAGGACAAUAAUCUAUGUGAAAGAAGGGAUAUAUGAAGAAAACGUUGAAAUUCCAAAUUAUAAAACCAAUAUUGUUCUACUUGGUGAUGGAAGUGAUGUCACUCUCAUUACUGGUAAUAGAAGUGUUGUUGAUGGCUGGACCACUUUCAGAUCUGCAACUUUAGCUGUCUCUGGUGAAGGCUUUCUAGCACGUGACAUAGCAUUUGAGAACAAAGCAGGACCAGAAAAGCAUCAAGCAGUAGCCUUAAGAGUGAAUGCAGACUUAACAGCAUUUUACAGAUGCACCAUAUAUGGUUACCAAGAUACACUUUAUGUCCAUUCCUUUAGACAAUUCUAUAGAGAGUGUGACAUAUUUGGUACCAUAGAUUACAUAUUUGGAAAUGCAGCAGUGAUUCUUCAAGCAUGCAACAUUGUUUCAAGAAUGCCAUUACCUAACCAAUUCACUGUCAUAACUGCACAGUCAAGAGAUUCACCUGAUGAAGACACUGGAAUCUCAAUCCAAAACUGUUCAAUACUUGCUACCACUGAUUUGUAUUCUAACUUCAAUAACAUCAAGAGUUACCUUGGUAGGCCUUGGAGGGUAUAUUCUAGGACUGUUUUCAUUGAGUCUUACAUUGAUGUGUUUAUUGAUCCAAUGGGAUGGACAAAGUGGUCUGAUGAUGAUGAUGGUUUGGAGGACAGUUUAUAUUAUGGAGAGUAUGGAAAUUAUGGGCCUGGUUCAAGGACUGAUGACAGAGUGAAAUGGUCAGGAUACCAUUUAAUGGAUUAUGACAGUGCUUAUGAAUUCACUGUUUCUGAGUUCAUUGUUGGUGAUGCUUGGCUUGGAUCUACUUCUUUUCCUUAUGAUGAUGGGAUUUGAUCACUGAAAUAACAAGGAAUUAUUGUAUAUAGCUUUAGCUUGUUUGGUGAUAUCAUCAGUGUCUUUUUUACAGAUUCUAAAAAAUGUAAUUUUGGUAUUUGAUAAUUUAGAUAUUAUAAGUUGUUGUGUUUUUA